AUGGAAUAUGCAUUAACCAACACUUUUACAUCGAAUAACAGCUUUUUAUCAGACACCAAUCUUAAUGAUACUAUAAGAUCAGUUACAUAUUCCAUGCUGGAUGCAAAUUUUGAUAAUGAAGAAGAAGAGCUUAAUGAAAUCGAACAUUAUAUCUCUGAGAAGCUGACCAAUAGAGAAAUCAAUGUGCUAGCAUGGUGGAAGGCACAUCAAACACAGUUUCCUCGUCUUGUCCGUAUGGCACGUGAUUAUCUGGCAAUUCCAACAUCCUCUGUUGCUUCUGAACGUGCCUUCUCUGCUGGUGGAAGCAUGAUUACAAAUAAGAGAUCUAGCUUGAUGCCUAAGACCAUAAGAGCAGCAGUGUCUCCAAUCAUGAAUGCAGGGACCAUUAAAAGGAAAGUUGGAUAA